AUGAGUGUUUUUACUGACGGACAACCACACCAACAAAAAAACUCUGACCGUGGACGGUUUCCCUUUUCUUUGAAAACAUCAAAAUUUUGGCUACGACUUCUGCGACCGUGGAAGUGGAGAAAUUUGAAACGAAGCAGGGAUAAAAAUGGAAUGGUUAGAAGUGGUAGCGCAGAUGUGAUUCGAUCAACGCCAAAUGUCAUUCGUUGUCCACCAUCGCCAUCGUUGCCCUCGCUGAUGCACAGUAGAGAGCUCGCAUCAUUGCCCGAUUUCAAAAGGAGACAAAGCCACGAUGUUGAGGCUUCAGCUGCUGCUUUGUCGAGUCAAGAAGAAAUGAGGACCACAUAUGUGCACAUUGGAGAUGAGUCGUCGUUAGAAGAAUCACUCGAAAGUGUCCCGGAAGUAAAGAACAGCCCUCCACGUGCUCCGGGUGUUGAGGUGAUUCGAGUACGGGCCGUUUCUCAUCAACCACAAAAACACGUGGUUUUCAUUCAAGAUAAUCAAACAUUUAUUGACUCAACAGCUCUUCCGGGGACAAACGAAGCCACUUUGUACAAGCCACUGCAAGUAGAUCUAUCUCACUCAUUGACCGUUGCAUCGAAUCGUCAAAAACUUGAUUUCGAGGCAUUCUUCAACGGCGAAGAAACGGAAAACGAAGACGAGACUAGCGAUCUGAUGAGACCAAAGGAUCACAAACAACAAUUUGCUGAAGUUGCCGCUAAAGAGCCCGAUCUCAACGCGAUACCAGGACGUCCCGCUUUGCGAAGGCCCGGGCAGCCAUCUCGUGUUCGACUCCGACCACCCAACAAUGGUUCACCGAAGAAGAAUGUUGCCGAGAAAAGAACUGUGAUCAACGAUGAUGGACUAAUCACUCGGCUUACUGAUGACAGUGAUAGUGAUGGGGAAAUACAAUACAGAGAUGAUCCCAUUUCUACACCAAGCAAAUCUUUAUCUGAUCUCCCGCCAUUAACCCGUUCCGAUGACGAAGAAGAUGAGGAAGAAGAACCGGCUAUUGCUGAUGGUCUGGCUUCAAAGGUUUUCCGUAAAGACACAUUUGCGUUACGUUUGGAUGUGAAAGAGGACUUCAACGGUCAAACGCCCGAUGAAAGACGUGAAAAUAUGCAGAAUGCAUCCGCAAAACUUCUACGAAAGCUGAGUGAGCGGCCGACGGCGAACGAGUUGAUGAAUCGGAAUAUUUUGAGGGGAGAUGAAGAGGCGAGCACGAUGGAGGAGAAAAGGAAAAUGCUGUUGAGAAAGUUAUCGUUUCGUCCGACGAUCCAACAGCUCAAAGACCAACAAAUCAUCCAAUUCAAUGACUAUGUCGAGGUUACUGAAGCUGAGAUCUAUGAUCGAAAAGCGGAUAAACCGUGGACGAGGCUCACCCCAUCUGAUAAAGCUUUGAUACGAAAAGAACUGAACGAUUUCAAACAAACUGAAAUGGAUGUACAUGUGGAUAGUCGAAAGUUUACGAGACUUCACAAGCCC